UUCUUUCUUUUUUUUUUUGUCUUUGCUUCCACAUUAGGAUGAUGAAUGUUUUGUCUAUUUCUCUUGUAUUAUCCACACUUGUUACAGCAGGAUUUCUCACUCCAAACCCAAAGAAAGAAGAUGUUGUUUUAGUAGUUGAAUUUGAUGAAAAUGAUGGAACAAAGGUUUUAAUCUCCCCACAAGAAGCUGAAAUUCCAAAGGGAAAACCAAAAUCAGGUUAUGUUUCUCAUCUCAAAGACAAGCUAUAUGAAAAAGCAGAGGAAGCAUCCUCUGUUCUUCCCAAUAUAGGUCAAGCGAUUUCGAGUCCCUAUGUGAGUCAACAUCAACAAAAUGGUGAAUUUCAUACUAGUGCUAGAGAUGUUGUUUGUGAUGCCUUUGGAAAGUGCAAAGAAAAAAUUGCUACGGUUUCAGAUAAAGCCCAUGAAGCUGCUGAUCAAAUUGAACAAACUGUUAAAGGGACUGCAGGGGAAGUGAAAGAUGCAGUUACCGAAGCCUCAGAUAAAGCAAAGGAGAAAGUUAAAGAAAAAAACAAGGAUGUAGUUGAUACGACGAAGAGAAAGAAGGGUGAAGUAGAACAAAAAAUGGAGCACGUGAAAGGAGAAAUCGCUGAGAAAGCAGAACAAGUGAAAGAAGAAGGGAAAAAGGAGUUGAAAGAUAUUGUCGAUGGAGGACGUGAAUUCUUCCGUGAUGUAUUUGUUUACAUCUUCUCCCUGGAGCAUUUGCGUCCUGUGAUGCGUUUGACACAUCUAUUGGGUUUUGCUGUGGCUUAUGGGAUGUGUAUUUGGGUAACAUUUGUUUCAAGUUAUGUGUUGGCUAGAACAUUGCCAAGGCAGCAAUUUGCAGUUGUUCAAAGCAAGAUUUACCCUGUUUACUUCAAGGCUAUGGCUUAUUGCAUUGGUCCAGCAUUCCUAGGCCAUUUUCUAAGCCAAAAACGUCGACCUUACGCCAACUCGGCUGAAGCAGUUCAAGGUUUCAAUCUUUUAGCUUCAAUUUCCAUGCUUUUGGUCAAUUUGCUCUACUUGGAGCCUAGAGCAACAAAGGUUAUGUUUGAGAGAUUGAAGUUGGAGAAGGAAGAAGGCAGAGGUAGAGACAUAUUUAACGUUGAACCAAGCAGUACUACUAGAGGAGUGGAGUCGGUAUUGGAUCCUACAAAGACGACAACUACAGAAGAGUCGGCAGAGGUAGUGAAGCACCAAGUGGUGAAAUUGAGCCAGAUGCUUAAGAAGUUGAACUCAUAUUCAUCUUUUCUUAAUGUCCUCACACUUAUGGCUCUUACUCACCAUCUUAUUCACCUUACUCAGCUACUCGAUGCCACCAGCUGAAUGCUAGUCAAUACUCUUCUUCUUUUGUUAUUUUGGUUGAGGUGAUCCAUUGCCACUGUGUACCUAGUCCUCUAACUUUUGUCUAAAUAUUGUUUCUGUCCUCUCUCUGUUGUACACACAAAAUUUGUUCACUCUUUCCUUUUCCAUCAGUACUAAAAACAGCUCAAGUAGCUUAGGUUGGGAAAUCGAUGUUGUCCCUUGAUUUCUUGUUAGUGUUUAAUUAUUUUUAUACAACUCAUUCAC